GGCGGCCGGUGUGUGCUGAGGCUUUCUGGAAAAGUCGUCGGGGCCGCGGCGACAUUCUCGGAGCGUGAAUCAGCAGCACCUUCCCCCGCGCAGCGCGCCUAUAAAACGCGGCGCGUCCGGCCCGCACACACCGGCGUCUGCGGGAGAGGUUUUUAACUUGUUGCAUCACCUGCUGGCUUUGUGAGAGUGCAGACAGGAUGUUGAUGAUGAUAAUGAUGAUGAAGAAAAAGCUGCCGCGGUCUGUGGCCGUGCUGGCCCUGCUCCUGGCCUCAGCCAACUGUAUGCUUCCCCCCUCUAAAGAAGAGCUCAACGAGAUCUCCAUGCUCGGAGAGAAGUAUCUGGACAAACAGAUUGAGAAUGCCAUCAACGGCGUGAAGGAGAUGAAGAACGUGAUGGAGAAAUCCUCCGAAGAACACAAGAAUUUCCUCAGCGCUCUGGAGAAGACCAAACAGCAGAAGGAGGAUGCAUUGCGUUCAGCCCAGCAGAUGGAGGCCAAGCUGGAGCAGGAGGAGGAGGUGUGUAAUGAAACCAUGCAGGCUCUAUGGGAGGAGUGUAAGCCCUGCCUGAAGAACACCUGUGUCAGAUAUUACUCCCGGACCUGCAGCAGUGGCUCGGGACUGGUGGGGCGACAGUUGGAGGAGGUUCUAAACAGAACCUCUCCAUUCUCUAUCUGGAUAAAUGGGGAGAACGUGGAUGUGUUGGAACAGGAGGGCCAGAGGCAGAACCAGCACUUCCAGAAGCUGGAAGAAAGAUUCUCCGACGUGUCAGAGAGUGUGGAUAGCAUUUUCUCAGACAGUAUGAAGGUAUUCGACCACAUGCGUUCCCUCCAUUCCCCAUUCUUUCACAACCCCUUCCGCAUGCCCAGUCUGUGGGGACUGGGUCCCAGCUCCCAGGAGGAGCUUGAGGAUAGGACAUCCCGUGUUGCCCGCUCCCCGUUUCGUGACCCAGACCUCCACAGCUUCCAGAGCAUGUUCCUUCCCAUGAUGGGCAUGGCCAGGAACUUCUUUGGCUCCAUGGACUCCAUGAUGGACGUGGAUUUUGAUAUGGACACCCCUACAUCUGAGGAUGGCAGCGUGAACGAGGACGUGGUCAUCACCAAGCCCUUCGGUGACGGCAGGAUGACCUGCAAGCAGAUACGCCGCAACUCCGCCGGCUGCAUCAAGCUCCGAGAGGAGUGCAACAAGUGCAAGGAGAUUCAGCAUAUUGACUGCUCUGGAAAGAAGCCUCUGGAGGGCCCGCUGAAGGCAGAGCUUGAGGAGGCCCUGGCCCUCGCUGAGCGCUUCACCCAGGACUACAACACCCUGCUGAGGAGAUUCGAGCAGGAGAUGCUCAACACUUCCAGCAUAUUAGACCUCUUCAACAAGCAGUUUGGCUGGGUGUCAACCCUGGCCAACAACACCAAGACCAAGGACGGGAUCUUCCGCAUUCAGACAGUGAUAAGCAAGGGCAGCGAAGGAACGCCUGACACGGAGAAGCCAGGAGACACAAAUGUAUCCGUGCAGCUUUUCGACUCUCCUCCUAUGACCUUUACCGUGCCGGGUGACAUUCCCUGGAGUGACCCCAAGUUCUCAGAGAUGGUGGCCAAGGAGGCUCUUGACCACUACAAGGAGACCUCCGUUGUAGUCAAGUAACGCCGCCAGUGGACAAGCGUCCUGCACCGCCUGCUGACUUCAGAAAUGUCCGGGAUUAAAUCCACAUUUAAGAAGAAAACCCACCGGAUACCCCGACGGCAAACCUUAAACACAACCAAACCCUACAGUCAACCCAUGCUGAUCCAUAUAGACUGUCCAAAACCAGACUUGCACCCGAAACCCAAUGAUUUGGUAAAUUUCCUUAUCUGCUUCAGUUGUCGCAGAAAAGCCUAGUCCCUCUGUAAGAAACUUCAUGUAAGAGCUUAAGUGUAGGCCAUUUCAUGGGUUAGAUUUUACACAAGGAAGAGAAGCCAAGGACAGGUCAGAUUUUGUGGUUCACAAUCAGCAUUUCGUCCAGACUUUAACCGCUAACGCAUCGUCUGUAAAAUGUUCCUGCGGUCGCACACCAGUGGAGCAGUGAUGAUCCUCCGGAGAAGAUCCUGAUGGGAAACCCAACUCAGAGCCAGCCUCUUGUCUUUUAAACACCCACCACCCAUAGUUCUGGACAUGGUUGAGGGUACUUCUGAUAUACUUCUUGUUCCUGUGUGUUCACAAGAUCUCAGCUGGUGAAAUGUGUCGGUGUGGUGGAGUUAGUCAGCUUGCUAAUAGUAGAAACUGAAAGGUUGGGAUAUCGUUGCUCUAGCCAAGACCUGAUUCUGUUACGCCCCGCUUUGAGACCACAUGUACAACAGCCUAGCAAUGAAGCAAUUCACUAAAAAAAUAAUAAUAAAAUGUGCUCACAACUA